AUGGCUUCGCCGCCAUAUGCAACAUCGCCGUUGGCGAUGUCGCCGCCGAACCCAUCCCCAGCACAGUUACCAAACAAAAAGCGAUCGUCGACUCUCGAUGUUAAUGCCCCGCCUCUAAAGCGGCGGAAGGCUUCCAACCUGUCACAGUCAUCGGCGCCUGCUCAUCCGCUACGGCAAACGUCAUUUCCUCCCGAAGUUCGAUCCCCCUACGCCCGAUCGCCAUCCGUUGAUGCCACCUCUAUUGUGAGCGGUAGUGCUGUCAGUGCAACUGCGAGCGGAGCUCCUAAGAAGAAGAGAGGUCGAAAAUCUAAAAACGCAAAGGGCGAUGACUCGGCCGAGCGCACCCCAAGUCUGGUUGGCGGUAAAGCGCCGACCAACGUUAGUGGACAAGGGGGCGACAAAGAUGCUGAAGACGACGACGACGAUGACGAGAAUGGAGAAAUGGCGCUGGAAGAUGCUGGUGCCCGCACUCAGGAACAGAAACAAGAGGAGAUUAGAUUGCGAGCCAUGCUGGUAGAGGCAUUUGACAGCGAGCAGUACAAUCGGUAUGAACUAUGGCGAGCAGCCAAGCUAUCCGAUGCUGUCGUCAAGAGGGUGGUGAACGCGACCGUCUCGCAGUCAGUGCCACAGAUGGUAAGCACAGCAGUAAAGGCAGUGGCCAAGUUAUUUGCCGGUGAGAUUAUCGAGGCGGCUCGAAAUGUUCAGGGCGAAUGGAUCGUUGCUGGUGAGAAUCAAAGCGACCUACCGACGCCACCCGCAUCUACAGACGAUGCGGGUCAGGAGGGAGAGGCGGAAGAACCCGAGUUGAAGCGUGGACCAAUGCGACCAGAUCACUUGCGAGAAGCAUGGCGACGAUACAAGCUUAGUGGUGAGAGCCGAGGCGCACAACCACAAGACCAAUCUGCAUCAGCAAUCCGCAUUCGCGACAACCAGCGCCGCUCUCGCGCCCGCCGAAAGGAGUACGUUGAAAACCUCGAGCGCAAAGUACAAGAAUAUGAGCGACAUGGCGUAGAUGCCACGUUGGAGAUGCAACAUGCUGCCCGGACUGUGGCACUCGAAAACUCGAGAUUGAAAAUGAUGCUGGCCAAGAUGGGCGCUUCUGACGGCGACGUGGAAGCGUUUUUGGCUUCAUGCCAAGACAGAGAGGCCGCAGAAGCGCUUUCAAGCGUUAGCCUGAUGCCUGUUCAUCAUGACAAGGACGAUGGCACGGGACAGCAGACGACGAAAGAAAUUGGUGGGCGUCGAAGGCAGCAAGGCUUGUCAAAAACUCCAGACUUGGAGACUAAGCCGUAUAUUGCUGGGAAUUACCAGAACCAUACUUCUACGAACGGACACGCAGGAAGCGUGCCGAGUUCGAGCCAUGGAUCAACGCCCUCACAAGGCACGCCACUGGAUGUCCUGGCGUUGGCAACUCUGCAUCAGGAACCUUGCUGUCAAGGCAAAACACAAUGCACCACGGCAUCUGAGGCACCUAGCCCAUCAACAGUGGAAACAAAUACCAGAGCCGUCACGCCUACUUCUGCGUACGCCCCGACAUUAUCACCUGGUGCUACGACUGUAGCGCAGGAUUUCUCGUCGCCGAUGGAAAUGUCGUGCAAUGCGGCGGCGGCAAUCAUUGCAGAUAUGCAAGGCCAUGGUGAUGCCAGUUUGGCAAAGGCACGAUUGGGGUGUCGCGGACAAGAUGAGUGCCUGGUGAGGAACACUGUGCUGUUCCAGAUCUUGGAGGGCGAAGGUCAUGCAAACCUUCCAUGA